AUACGCAUGCGUAGAAACUCUAUGAUGGUGACGGAACUUCGUAGUUACAAAAAGUAUCUCAUGUGCUUGCCGGCGAAGAUGUGAUAGAAUUCCGCGACUAAAUGAUCAUAUGAGCGAAUGUUGCGAUUAAAGAAGUGAUUUACGAUGAACCUAACUACAGGGAAUCCUCACGGUAACGGCUUGCUUUAUGCUGGUUUCAAUCAGGAUCAAGGAUGUUUCGUUUGUGGUAUGGAAAAUGGUUUCAGAGUAUAUAAUUGUGAUCCUUUAAAGGAAAAGGUACGUCAUUUCAGUGAUGGAGGUCUUGGUUAUGUGGAAAUGCUGUUUAGGUGUAAUUAUUUAGCAUUAGUUGGUAGUGGAGCAAAACCCAUGUAUCCAACAAAUAAAGUUAUGAUAUGGGAUGACCUUAAAAAAAGAUCAGCAAUUACUUUAGAAUUCAAUGCUCCUGUAAAAGGUGUUAAAUUAAGGAGAGAUAGGAUAGUAGUAAUUUUAGAAGGAGUUAUAAAAGUUUAUACAUUUACAAGAAAUCCACAACAACUUCAUGUGUUUGAGACUAAUCCAAAUCCCAGAGGUCUGUGUGUUCUAUGUCCAAAUAGUAGUAAUUCCUUGCUUGCUUUUCCUGGUAGAAAGAAUGGACAUGUUCAAGUAAUUGAUUUGGCUAAUACAGAAAAACAACCAUUAAAUAUUGAAGCGCAUGAAACACCUUUAUCAUGUAUUGCUUUAAACUUACAAGGUACUAGACUAGCUACAGCUUCAGAAAAGGGCACUUUGAUAAGGGUAUUUGAAACACAAACUGGAAGUAUGAUUAAUGAAUUAAGAAGGGGAGCUAAUCAUGCAAACAUUUAUUGCAUUAAUUUUAAUCAUGAUUCCACUUGGUUAUGUGUGGCAAGUGAUCAUGGAACUGUACAUGUUUUUGCUGUAGAAGAUCAAAAAUUAAAUCGUCAAUCUAGUUUAGCAUCUGCCACUUUCCUGCCAAAAUACUUUAGUUCAAGCUGGAGCUUUUGUAAAUUUCAAGUUCCGGGUGGUCCACAAUGUAUGUGUGCAUUCGGAACUGAUAAUAAUAGUAUUAUAGUAAUAUGUGCAGAUGGUAGUUAUUAUAAAUUCGUGUUUAACAAUAAAGGCGAAUGUACGAAAGAAUUUUAUGCACAGUUCCUCGAAUUAACGGACGAUAAAAUGUGAUUGGAAAAUAAAGAAGAGUGUCCUUUGGAUGAGUUCACAUGAAAUAAAUUAUAUGGGAAGUGAGUACUGUGUUUGUUAUUUGAAGUCAUAUAUGUAGAGGACCAAAUGGAAAGUACUAUUAUUUGUUGGUGUUAUGUGCACUGUGCAAAACUUUGAUCAUAACAAAAAAAAACUUUAAGAACUCUAGAGGCCUAUUAUUGAGAUGUCUACUUAUGGAACUAUAAGUUCUUAAAUGUUAACAAA